GUACAGAAUGGCAAAACAGAACCAGAAAUUAUUGGAACUUGUUGACUGCAAUCUGUCUAUACUAGAGGGAAAUGAAAAUAAACAGAUGACUGGGAGAGAUGCAUCUAGCAUUAGAGAAAGGUAUUUUGAUAAAGAAGGUCAUCUGAAUGAAAAUGCCUUAGCGAAAUUGAAAGCAAAUACAAAAGAAAUGAAUAACAUCCUUCAAGGAAAUAUCCCUACGCCGGAAAAUAGCAAAUCAUCGACUACAACCAAAGGUGUGAUGAAAUGUCAGCUGUAUAUUCCUGAAAAGUUAAAUCAUACUUCAGCAAAUGCGUUUGGUAAUUGUUUUAUAAGGACGCUAAAGGAUGCAUCCAUAAAAUGUCAAGAGGCAAACAUUUCCUCGCUUUCGAAAGAAUUGCCAUUACUUGUAACUUGCCCUUUGACUGGUCGGUUGAACCCUUGUGUUGAGCACGCACUACAAGGUUUCAAAUGGAAAAUGCCAUAUAAAGUAAUCAUUAUUAAUCUUGGGACAGAAACGUCUUUGCCAGAGUUACCGUCAAGCAUAAAAAUUGAACCAAAGCCUGCUUAUCAGAACGCUGAGUUCAUCGAUAUGGCCUAUAACGAUGACAAUGGAAUAUACGACUGUCCCAUGAAUAACGAAGCGUUGUUAAAAAUAAAACAGUUUUUAGAAAGCAAAACCGCAUGAAUUAACAGAUACUUUCAUUUCAACGUAAUCAAAGUUCAGUUAAAUGUUUACACAAAUGGCAUAUAAAUGCACAACCUGUAGUUGUGAUAUAAGGUUAUAUAGUAAUUAUUUGGACCUUAUGAAAUUUGACAGCAAAAUUGUUUUUGUCAUUUUAAUUGUUGUGAAAGUUAAUGUUUUUGUCAGUAGGAAACUGCGUGAAUAAGUUCAAGCCAAUUAAUUAACUAAUUCCAGAUACGACAACCUUAAAUAACAAAUCAUUAAGUUUGGUGACGUAAAUUAUCAUUAUUUUCAAUAUUUUAAAGAUGAUUCGGCAAAAUAUAAAAAAACUCUUCAAAUAUUUGAUCGUUUUAUUCUUUAUUCUUUCUUUAAACGAAGAAUCAGCAUACGUGUGAGGAAGCUAUCCAGCAAGUAUACGGAACGUAGGUGAUUCAAAUCAGGUGUCCGUUCGUACCUGAAAUAAUGCAUCGAAGUGCACCUUAGGUUUCACCAUCAGUAACGCACAAAAGUCGCCAUGUAUUUAAGAAUGUUGGCACGACGUAAACCCUACCCCCUUAUGAUGAGUGUUUGG